AUGGAAUCGGUGGGCACCCUAGCGCCGCGGGUGUUAGCAAGGCUUGAAAAAGCCAAAGGGGAACUAAGUCAAGAAGUCGAGCGGCUGGAAGCAAUAUGCAGCCGAAUGCAAGUACCGGUCUAUACUGCUUCCGAGAUCGAAAGGUUUCCGGUCAACUGUUCAACUCCUCCAAAAGAGAAUGUGGCACCGAUAGAAUCCAGUGAUAGGGCCGAUCCAAAUCUCACCGAGCAAUCGCCUCCACCACAGCCGGAAGUCCCAGUUUCAGACGUUACUAAAGAAUGGGUUGAAGACCGCAUUAAAGAGUUCGACGAGACCGCGGUUCAGCCGUUCAAAGAUAGAUCCGGCAGGAUAGUUGAUUCGGCCCUAAAAUUCACCGACGCCACAAGGAAUCUACUGGAAAGCCAUCAAGAACGGUUCUCAGACCUCGGCAAAGGUCUGUGGGACGUGGCGGUUCAGCAAGAUAAAUGUGUUCAGCGAACUACAAUUCUGGAGGAUGUGAUCUCCGAGUUAAAGAAAGACCUCGACCGGCUUGAGAGAGAUACCGAUCAACGGCUGAAUGCGAUGAGUGAGGAUCUGAUCGGCACGACACUUAACCGGGUCUCCGAACUCGAGAAGAUAAAUGGGAGUCUCAUGGCCGAAGUGAAGGCGCUUUCCGAACAAAUGGCCGAAGUUCUAAGGGCUAAGCUGACCGAAGCGGAAGAGGAAGCCGCGCGGAUUAAAAAGGCUGGGGCCAUAUUCCCAGGGUUUACUGAGAAAGUGGCCAAUCAAGCUGCGGAGGAUGCCGCCCGGUUGGAAAGGCAAAAACGGAAGCUGGAAGAAUUCUCCGAAGUAAACAAGAAGAAGAAGGCGGCCGCCUCCGCCUCAGCACCGAAAAAGCGGAGGAGGGAAGCUCCUAAAAAGGAGGCUCUUAAGAAGGUUCAAAUUGCCGAGCUGCUCAGAGAGGCCUCUAAACCGGUCAUCCCGAGUACAUCGCAGCAGGACGACCAAAUCGAAGAUGAAGUCGAAGCACAACUGCGGUCUCGGUCUACAAGACGACGAUCUUCCGAACCGACCGGUCGACAGCAACCGAAGAAGAAGAGCAUAUAUGACCUAACGGACUCUGAAUAG